UCAAUUAUAUAAGCGCGCACAUUGUGAUAACACGGAUUUAUAAACUUGAUUGGAAAGAAGUUAUAACGUGUCUAAAUAAAAGUUAUAACGUGUAAUAAAUAGGAAUUAUGGCACAAAUAUUAAACGUUUUGCUUCUUCUAGCAGAGAUCUUAUUGCUUAUAUUAAAAAUAUUUUAUUAUAUUUACGAAGCUACGUACAGAUUGAUCAUUCCACCACAGAAGAAGAGCGUAGUUGGUGAAAUCGUUUUGAUAACAGGUGCAGGCCAUGGUAUUGGGAAAGAACUAGCGAUUGGCUAUGCUUCGUUAGGAGCAACAGUGAUAUGUUGGGAUAUUAAUGAAGAAACUAACAAUGAAACAAUGAACGAAAUAAAAAAAAUGGGAAAAAACUCUGUGUAUGCAUACCGAUGUAAUAUAACAGAUAGGGAAGAAGUUUUUAGGGUAGCGGACAAGGUUAAAAAUGAAGUGGGAAAUGUUACUAUAUUAGUCAACAAUGCCGGUAUAAUAUUUAUAAAAUCAUUUUUAAAUCAAAGUCUCGAUGAAAUUGCACGAGUCAUAGAUGUCAACGUGACAGCACAUUAUUGGACAUUAAAAGCAUUCUUACCAAAUAUGAUUGAAAAAAAUCAUGGUCAUAUUGUAGCGCUUUCAUCAAUAGCAGGACUUUUCGGUGCUCCUUAUGCAACGGUUUAUAGCCCUUCAAAAUUCGCAGUCAAAGCAAUUAUGGAAGCUAUAUCUGAAGAAUUACGUGCAUUGAGUAACGGAAAAUCACUUGUUAAAUUUACUACUAUAUAUCCGGCCAUAGUGCUUACCGGACUGGUUAAAAACUCAAACAUUAGAUUUCCAUGGUUAAUGGGCGAACUUUCACCGCAAGAAGUAGCUUCGUCAAUAAUUGACGCGCAAAGACGAAAUUAUGAAAAUAAGAGUAUACCUUCAUAUUGGCUGUUCUUUUUUAAGAUAGGAAAAUUAUGUUUACCUAAUGCAGCCUUAAAGUGUGGAAUGGAUUUUUUCAGUUACGGUGUCCAUCCAGAUGAUAAAAAAGUAACAUAAUUUAUAAAUCGCCAUAAAAUUUGUAAACUUUGAUGCAUUUUAUUAUUAUAUUAUAAAACAUAUCCAUUUUUGUUCUUCUUACUUAUGUGAUGGAAUUAUUAAAUAUAUUAAAUAUAAA